AGUGUUAUCUAAAUAUAAUUUUGGUCAUAUUUAAUAGAUAAAUUCCAGCCAUUGAAAGAUUUCUGCAAACUUCUUGCUACUAGUAGCAUACGAUACAUGUAGUUUAGCCAUUUCGACCUCAGUCAUAUGUGAAAUAUUACCGCUAUUCAUAUGGUAUACAUGCUUUAAUUUGAAUACAACCAUGAUCCGCGAAAAGGAAUACAAUGUGGUUGUCACAGCCUGUGCUCCGUUCAAGGAGAACGAAACAAAUCCAACGCAAGACCUCAAGCUCAAAUUGCCGUCUCGGAUUGAGCGUGAGGGGCGAAUUCCCAUCAAGAUUAUCAAGUAUCCUAUUGACUUCAGAAACGUGAUCAAAGAUAUGAGAUAUAUUCCAGAUCUUUGGAGCGGUAAAAAGAAGGUCUAUGAACCAGGCUCUAGACAGGGUCAGAAAAUAUACAUUGAUGCAAUGCUUCAUCUAGGCAUGAAUUUUGCCAACUUCUGGCAGGUUGAAAAAAGGGCACGACGUGACGGCUAUGAUUGGGUUGGUGAUGACGGAGUACCAUUGCCCAAGCAUAAUGGUGGAAAAGGAGGAAGAUGGGAAGGUAUACCUAAAGUUCUAACACCCAUCUUCGAUGUCGAUCAUAUUGCAAGGCGAUUGCACAGAGAUCUUCCAAACAUACCAACAGAGACUUCUACAGAUGCUGGUCUGAUGUAUUGUGAAUUCAUAUACUUCACUUCGCUUGCUACACUGUACGAAGCUGGCGAGACCCCUCGGGCGUUGUUCUUGCACCAUGCAGGGUUGAAAACUACAGAGGAUGAUAUUGAAGAUGGGGUUCAAGUUGCAAUUUCGGUCAUUUGUUCAAUGAUAGAUCAACUAGAAGUUUCGCAGGGAGUUGUUCUGCAGCGCAACAAGUACACCAUGGACGAAGUGCCGGAACCUCUAAGCCUCUCCAAGGCCCUUGGUACAUUCAGAAUGUAAAAGGAAACGAGUUAGGAAUAUUACGAAAUAACAAGAUGCUUAAUUGAAGUAGCCAGGUACCUACAUCAUAAUUUCUUAUCAACUUAUAAGUUACACAAA